ACUUUGAGUACUCAAAGUCGAUUAAUCAAAAGUCGACUUACAUAUCCCUUUCCAAGAGGAUAGGAUUUCUGUGAAACCAGCAAAAAGUCUUUGAUUUUUGAAACAAAAAUGCUGAGAGUUACACAAAACACAACUGGCGUCAUAUGCAAAAGACUGGCUCGUAACAUCUCGUGCACGGCCCAAGUGUCCAUAGAUCAGAGAUGGCGUGAAGAACAUGGUUUGCCAGCUAAUCCCAAUGAGUUUGGACCAUUGACCAACUUACCCGAUUACACAUUUCUGGAUGGACGUCCCACACCAAUGGGCUCCAAUCAGAAGAAACGUCUAAUAAAACAACAGACCAUUGCGGCUAAAAUUGUCACACUUAACAAAGAAUUGGAUAUGGCCAAGCAGAGGUACCAACAAUUGCAGCAGCAAGAGAAAGAACAACGCCAACAGAUUAUGCAAGCCAAACUGAAACCAAAGGGUAAACUAAUGCUGGAGAAUCUGAAAAAGUAGGAGAAGCUUUUGGAACGAGUAUCAUUUAAAUUUAUUGUUAUUUAAUAAAUGUCAAUGUUAAACAUUUAAA